AUGUUCAUCAAGUUGAAGGGAAAAGAUUUGAUGAUUGCACAGGUGUAUGUUGAUGAUAUUGUGUUCGGUUCUACCGCUGAAUCCUUGAAGAAUGAAUUCAUAAAAUUCAUGGAAGUUGAAUUCGUAAUGAGCAUGAUAAGUCAGCUUAAUAAUUACUUUCUGGGAUUGCAGGAUAAACAACUCGCUGAUAGUUUUUUUCUGAGUCAAACAAAGUAUGCUCAGAACAUGGUUGAGAAGUUUGGACUUCGAGAUUCAAAAGGAGUUAGAACUCCUUUAGGACAACAAGAUAAAUUGUCGAAAGAUGAUGAUGGAAAGACAGUUGAUCAGAAACUGUAUAAAAGCAUAAUUGGGAGUCUUCUAUACUUGACUGUUAGUCGUCCAGACAUCUCCUUCAGUGUUGGUGUGUGUGCAAGAUUCCAAUCCACACCUAAGGAAUCACAUUUGAAGGCUGCAAAGAGAAUUCUCAAAUAUGUCAAAGGAAUUGAAGAACUUGGAUUAUGGUAUUCAAAUAGGUCAGAUCUUGAUCUUAUUGGGUUCACAGAUUCAGAUUGGGCUGGUUGUUAUGAUGAUAGAAAGAGCACAACCAUUGGAUGUUUUUAUAUUGGAGAUAAUAUUGUGAGCUGGAGUUCGAAGAAGCAAAACUCUAUUGCUUUGUCCACUGCCGAGGCUGAAUACAUAGCUGCUGGAAGUUGUUGUGCUCAAUUGCUGUGGAUUCGACAAAUGCUGCAUGAUUAUGGGAUUGGUCACGAUUCGUUCACUCUGUUUUGUGACAAUACAAGCGCCAUAAAUAUCUCCAAGAACCCCGUUCAACAUGGUAGAACAAAGCACAUCGACAUACGGUACCAUUUUAUUCGAGACUUGGUGGAAAAUGAAGUGUGUGAUUUGAAGCAUAUUGGAACUAAUGAUCAAAAGGCUGAUAUUCUCACGAAAGCGCUACAUGCAGAUCGAUUUGAGAAGCUACAAAGGGAUUUGGGUAUAUGCUCAAGAUCUCCUUGA